UCACAUCUUUCCAACCUCAUAUCUUUCCUUUAGCAUCGCAACUUUCAUCUUCAUACCAGAGUCAUCUUCUCGAGCCCGAAAUGCCUCUUGCAUAUAUCCCCAAGUCACUCGCCAACACAAUCCCAUCCAAACCCGUCACAGCCAUCUACCUCAGCACCUACCCCGCCCAUGCAAUCUCCCUCUCAGAAGACGCAAAACUGACCAACCAUUGGGUCAUGUACCUCCACGAAUCCCCAACCACAGCAAUACGUUUUGAUCCCAGCCCUACCGGUCCAGGAAAUUCUCUGGAUCUCAUCAUAAGCGACAACUGUGUUUACACCGAUGAUGCAGUCAAAACUGUCCGGCUUUCAGUUGCUACGAACGUGACUGUGGGGAAGAUUAUCGAUCAUGUUGUUGGUUCUGGGUUUGAUAAGUAUAUCUUCAGUCUUGAGGGACAAGGUUGUAGAUUCUGGCUUCCCACGGUUGUGGCGUCGCUACUGGAAUUGGGGUGUGUUGUUGAUGAGAAGGAGGUGGAGGUUUGCAACGAGGCUUUGGAGGCUGCGUAGGAGGAUCAAGAGAGUCAGAUUCCAACGUCUCGCAGAGUUGGAAUUACUGAAGGCUUUUUUCAAGUGUGAAGAUGGAAGCGCCGGGGGGGUGGUGUGUCACGUGCAAGCGCGAGCACCUCGUGACAGGAAGGAAGGUGCGAUGGCGCAUCAAAUUUCUUUCCGUGACCCAGCUCAACCUCUCGACCUUCACGCAACUGGAGUCCGCCCUCGCAUGUCGCCGCAGACUUGAGUACAACCACGGAGGAGCUGGAGAUUUCGCAAUCCGCCAGCUUCAAAAUGGCCGAUGACGAAGGUAUUGCGCAGCUUGAUGCUGUCCAACCUGCGCAAGACUUGGUUCGACUCCCUGGAUCAGUGAAAGACCUUGAGACUGAAAUCUCACGACUUCGAAGAGAAAACCAAUACCUUCGGAAUCAGGUUGUGAUACUCAGAGCAGAAGCUCUGGCUCUUGAUACUGGCACGCGAUUCCCACGUUUCAGUUCUCUUCCUGUCGAAAUUCGUCGGUAAGUGAAGAUGUGAACCUACCAUUUUAGUUUCCAUCUUACUAACCAACGAAGCAUGAUAUGGAUCUAUGCAUGCAAAGUGCCACAAGUACAAAUCAUUGCCUACAAGAGAACGAGUUCUUCCCGUCUCAAUGACCUUUUUGACUCGUGCGAGGAAGCUAAACAGGUGACCUUAUCACUUCGUCUUAUAUCGUUUCAAUCGAUUGGACCAAUGGAACGAAUCAAUUUCUUCAACCCUCAUCUCGAUACUUUGUACAUCAAGGACGGCUACACGCCUGAGGCUGUGGACUGGUAUCGUGGAUUAUGCUACCCAUCCUAUGGUGGACGCCCACAGAUUAACAAACAUGGACAAGGCGUAUCAUCUCGAGACAAUCCCGGUCCUGGUUCUCAUGGUUGGUGGUGGUAUCAAGAGGAUUCCCGAUCCAGCCCUCCAGACAUAAUUCAUAGUUUGGCAAUACCAUACGAAGAUAUGUGCUUGGAGCCCGCGUAUACCUCUAUCUUUCAUCAGCAUAGCUAUGGAGUCUGUAUCUUCAGUCUCUUUAGUCAGUACCAAUUCAAAGAGUUAUUGGUUGUUAUCAAGACAAUCAAAAUUCGAGAGAGCUCAGAGCGAGGGGUUUCGUUUGUUCAGCCCACCCAGACACCCCAUGAAUGGUUCGGGGAACAAAUGGAAGAAUGCUACCCCGAAGGCAACAACUUCCCUGAUUUCAUGUUAUACUUGGGCUCUUUUAGGGAGUCUUGGCUAUCACUUGAGUUGGAGUUGCGUCACUCGCUGAUUAAAUUCGGUAUGUCUGAGACACUCUGCGUAUCCCAGAACGCGAAACUCAUUUUUAUACAGAUCUACACCGAGGAAGUUCAAAUUGGGUACCUCCAAAAGUCAAAUUUGUGGUUGCAAUGAUGAAUGAAGACCUACUUGUUUAAAAAUGGAGUCAUUCUACGCAGUCUUGCCCGAAAACCUUGACUUGUAGCUCCUACAUACAUUGAUGCUCUUGAGAAUUUGUACAUAUCCCCAGAAGUAGUUGCUUCGCUCUUUUGCUGUACUGUUCUUACCUUCUACGAUCUUUGGGGAGGAGACAUGCUCAAAAGCAGAGGAAAAUUUUAUUCAAGUCGCGAUCAAAGCCAGUACCAAUGUGCAACAGGCAUCAAGCAAGGAUAGGGUCAGUUGAAUUGGAGUGCUACCAAAUAGACGAGGCCUUGUGUAUGUUAC